AAUUAACUUCCUUUUUUUAAAAAAAAAUUUUUAAUAAUUUUCUGUCUCCGCUUAUUUUACCAAUCAAUUUUUCCUACAAGAAUUAACAAGAUUUGUUAAAAUCGAUUUUCGAUUUAGUAAAGAAAGUACGUCUGUUAGUAUCAUAUUUCUACCAACAAUUGUAAAUAGAAUAGUGGUAUAUAAAUAGUAAAUAUGGUAGAAACUAGCAACGACUACUUGAACGCUAAUACAAUUGAACACUCUGCGGACGACACCUCCGUCCGCCCUAUUCCACCAGACUCACCUGCUUAUCCUUCCUCACUAGAUACAUCGGCACAAGAUAUUUCACUACCUGUCGACGUUCAACCACAAAUGAAUAUUCCAAGAGGCGCAUCUUUCGAGUCUUAUCAUGAUAAUCCGAGCAUUACUUCUCUUCAUUCAUCAACCCCACUUUUAUAUACUUCGUUUGAAGGUCCCGAUAUUCGUGAAGAUGAAGAGGAUAAGUGUGGUUUAGAAGACGAAGAUGAUGGAUGUCGUAUGGAUAGAACCUCUAAAAGAUAUGCUUCAAAAUUAUGGAUUGCUAUAGUAAUUUCUCUUUUAUUUUUUGUAAUUGAACUUAUCGGCGGUUUUAUUGCUGGAAGCUUGGCUUUGUUAAGUGAUUCUUUUCAUUUGCUAAGCGAUGUAGUUAGUUUCGCAAUUUCACUCUUAUCUAUAUAUCUUGCGCGAAGACCAGCUACGAAAUCACUUUCGUAUGGUUACCAUCGGGCAGAAAUUCUAGGUGCUCUUGUAUCAAUUUUCUUGAUUUGGGGCCUUACUGGCUAUCUAUGUUACGAAGCCUAUGACCGUAUACAACAUCCAAUAGAUGUAGAUGGAAAAACCAUGUGCUUCGUAGCCUCAAUAGGGGUUGCAGUAAAUAUUGUGUUGAUGCUUGUUUUAGGACAUGAUCAUGAUCAUGGUCAUGGUCAUGGUGGACAUAGUCAUAGUCAUGGGAGUGAUCAUGGAAAUAGUAGUGUUAAUGUUCGUGCAGCUUUGCUUCAUGUAUUGGGAGAUUUCUUGUCUUCCUUGGGAGUUUUAAUAUCAUCUAUAGUUAUUAUGUUGGAUGAUAGUAAGACUUGGGUCGAUCCAUUAUGUACAUUUUUUUUCUCAGCUCUUGUAAUGGCCACUACAUUUGGUAUAUUGAGAAGUGGUAUAAGAGUUUUGAUGGAAGCAACUCCGUCUCAUAUUGACGUACAUUCUGUAAGAAAAGAUUUAAAGGGAAUUGAAGGAGUAAAGAAUAUACAUGAAUUGCACAUCUGGGAUUUAACAGUUGGCCGAACAACUCUUACAUGCCAUUUGGUACUUAAUCCAUAUGAUCCAGAUGUUUCAGCAGAGCCAUUGGUUCCUGCAACAAUUUUAUCACAAGCCAGACGGAUUUUAAAACAAAAAUAUGAUAUAUCACAUGUUACAAUUCAAAUUGAUUCAUAAUGUUAUUAAAUUUAAAUAUAUAUAUAUAAUAUAUAA